CCUGUGUCGCCAGGGGUCUUUGCGACUCUGACCAGUAGGAGCAGGCAACAGCACAGCCAGGCCGCCUCCAGCCGCUUCCAACUCUGCCCCAGCAACAGCGCCGGAGCCCCAGCCAGGCGACCCAGCGCCGCGCCGCGCGCUCAGGGAGAGAAGCAGCUGUUCCCAACAGCUGGGGGGCGGCGGCGCCAGGCGCCCCAGGUGCUGUCCCGGCCAAUCGCAGGCGUCCGGCCCGCCCCCUCCCCAGCCGGGCGUCGACCCCCGGUCCGCUGGGGAAGGGAGCAGAGGGUUGGAGAGCUGUCCUCUGUCCGCACAGGUCUGGUAGCUCUCAGGCAGGAGGGACAGUCCCCAGCCCUAGCCGGGCCCAACGCUACGCCCCCAGCUACCACCUCCUUGACCCCGGGACGCGGUGGCCUCUGAGCCAACCCCACUCCCACCCCAGCCACCGAUUUUUUUGAGAAAGAAACAUCUACCUCUUCUGGACUCAGAGACCAUCACCCUCUCUUUGCAUUAAAAAAAAAUUUUUUUUUUUUUACUUCCACGCGGGGUGAGUGCAAAAGGCUCACGCUGGUUACCCGGACGAUCGGGAGGGUCUGGACAGUGACCGGACGUGGGGACGAGAGCAGAGCGCCCGGGCGAGUGUCCGGGGCCGAAGGCCAUUCGGGAAGCAGAGCGCCCAGCGCCCACGCCGCGCCCUCGCCCCCGCGCGCUCCCUCAGCCCCCGGCGGCCGCCGUGCGCUGCGGGAGACGCGGAGCCCAAGGACCAGGCGCAGCCGCAGCCGCAGCCGGAGCCCGAGCCGCGGGGCGGGCGCGAAGAUGCACACGACCCAGAAGGACACGACGUACACUAAGAUCUUCGUGGGAGGGCUGCCCUACCACACCACAGACGCCAGCCUGCGCAAGUACUUCGAGGUCUUCGGCGACAUCGAGGAGGCCGUGGUCAUCACCGACCGGCAAACGGGCAAGUCCCGGGGCUACGGAUUUGUCACCAUGGCUGACCGGGCUGCUGCUGAAAGAGCCUGCAAGGAUCCCAACCCCAUCAUUGAUGGUAGGAAGGCCAAUGUGAAUCUGGCAUACUUGGGAGCAAAACCAAGAAUCAUGCAGCCAGGUUUUGCCUUUGGAGUUCAACAGCUUCACCCGGCCCUUAUACAAAGACCUUUUGGGAUCCCUGCCCACUACGUCUACCCGCAGGCUUUUGUGCAGCCUGGAGUGGUCAUUCCCCACGUCCAGCCUACAGCAGCUGCGGCUUCCACCACACCGUACAUUGAUUACACUGGAGCUGCUUACGCCCAAUACUCAGCGGCUGCAGCCGCAGCUGCAGCAGCCGCUGCCUAUGACCAGUACCCCUAUGCAGCAUCCCCAGCUGCUGCAGGCUACGUGACCACUGGGGGCUACAGCUAUGCUGUCCAGCAGCCAAUCACCGCCGCUGCACCUGGGUCAGCUGCCGCCGCGGCUGCAGCCGCAGCAGCCGCAGCAGCCUUCGGCCAGUACCAGCCUCAGCAGCUGCAGACAGACCGAAUGCAGUAGACUGGCCAGUCUGGUCCAAGUCAAAAGAGUUUCUUGUUCCCUCCCAGUUUCCCAGGUGUUAGUAGUUGAUGAGAAGGUUAACAUUGACUUGACAGCUUUAAAAGGAGAAAGCAAAGCUAUGUUGUGAAGCAAAGGUGUUACUUUUUCUUACUCCAAGGAGUGCUGCAGGUGGAGAGGGGAGAAUGGGAGGGUAAGGAGCAGUUUUUGAAGUCAAUCCCAAAGAGCCUGAGUUACACAGAUUAGCCACUAGGACAUGAUGGCAGGGGUAUGUAUCAAUGGGACUUCACUUUUAUAUUGGGGUUUUUUAUUUUUUGCUCUUUUUAUAGUAUCAGGGAAGCAAACUGCCUUUUCCAAGUUAGAAAACGCUAUGUGAAUCUAGUUGAACCAGGGAAUAUGGAGUGAGCAAUAUGUAGCUUGAAUUAUGCGUAAAUGUAGAUUUAAAAAAAAAAACAAA